CAGGCCACUUAGUUUGUUGAAUUCCAUUGUAACAGUUUAUGUCCACGAUUUAUGUCGCCCGUCUAUCUCCUAAUCACCCCUAAUUGGAGUUUAGCGCCUGACUGAUCCAAAUGUCAUUUUAAUACGUUUCAGAAACAAGAAAUGUACAUGCGAUUUAUUGUUACAAUUAUUAUUUUUACAGGAAUUAGUCCAUUAUUAGUGCUUGGAGAUUGUAAUUUGAUUGAAAUUCCGAAUGGAAGAUCCAGUUUCCGAAUGAAAGGGCGAGCAAUAUCGUUUACUUGUAAUGAUGGAUUUGUUCUGUACGGGGAAUCUUACGACACCUGUAGGAACGGUUUCUGGAGCAGACCCCCACCAAGGUGUGUGGCUCCUGGAUGUCCAUUGAUACAGAAUAUAACAAAUGGUGACGUCAUCAGAUCCCACACUGGGUCUGUGAUUGAGGUCACGUGUCACAAUGGGAUGACCAUACAAGGAGAGGCUCUUCUAACUUGUGAUGGACGAAACUGGAGCUCAUCCAUUCCAAAAUGUCUAGAACCUUCUGAAGUUGAUAGUUGUGACUUUGAAUCUAGUCAAUUUUGUGGGUGGAGUCAGGACCAAACGGAUGAUUUUGAUUGGACACAUCACAGCGGGCAGACAUCAACAGGAAGAACCGGUCCAAACACUGAUCACACCCUAGGACCCAAUUAUACGACUGGUCAUUAUAUUUAUAUGGAGGCUUCCACCCCUAGACAUCCAGGUGACGUGGCCCGUUUAUUAUCUCCAUGGUAUCCCAGUGACCGUAGCAACCGAUGCUUUAGAUUUUGGUACCAUAUGAACGGUCCUAAUCAACUAAAUGCUGUGGGAACAUUAAAGGUUUUGCUUCGGACUGGAAGCGGAAAAAAAUUUAGCGAAAAGAUUUUAUUUACAAUGUCCGGAAAUCAAGGAGAGGACUGGAAAUGUGGACAUUUCAAAAUUCCGAUUUGUUCAGAAAGGUUUCAGAUUGUGUUGGAAGCAAUACGACAGGACAGUUAUGCCAGUGAUAUUGCAGUAGAUGACUGGCUCAUGCUUCCUUGCAAACCGCCGGAUCUGUCUCUUCCUGAUCCAGCUGCACAGUCAGCAAGACAAUCAACAAUCAGUGAAGGAAUAUCAUCGGUUUCAUCACGUGAUACCACAGAAGGCGUAGACAUCUCAACAGGGAUGUUUACAACGCCAUCUACCGUCAAGAAUACGACAGAAACGUUCACUAAAGAUGACACACCCACUAUUAUGACUACUGCAGAAAACAGCGUUAAUAUCACGAUUACUUAUGAUUCAUCAACCACUUCAGAGCAAUCUUACCACACAGAGUUAUAUAAAACUCCAGAAGACAAUUAUACAUCGUCAACAAGUUUGAGCGCACUUAGUGAUCAUUCCAGUACAGAAAUUCUCAGUAGGAAGUCAUCAUUUGCCAGCAGGAGCAUCGCCACCACAGCACCGGAAGCCCCUUCGUCCAGUUCCACGAACAAGUUAACAAAACCCCCAGAAAUAUCACAGACAGACAGAUACUCAAAUUUUACAAAUAACGAAUCAAAUACCAACACUUUCUCAAAGGAACCAUCUUCUACAACUCGGAGAUCAUUGCUACAUAAUUCAACUCAUAAAAAUCACCAUCUCAUUGUGUUUACAGCCGAAGCCAUUGUGAAUAUGUGUAUAGGACUGGUUGUUCUUUGCCUGUUUACAGUGAUACUUGUUAUAAUGGAGUGUAUCUGCAGGAGGCAGCAAAAAAUCUACAAUGACAAAUACCAAGAACUCAAGCUGUUUGUAGAAACACAUUAUAGAACUAAAUAUAUUACAGUGUAAGUCUGCAUUUAUAUAUAUAA